ACUUCUUGAUUCUGGAACUGUCAAGCCUCAAGAACCAUCAACAAUCGAAAACUCUGCAGGAAAGUAAUCAACAUGACCAAAACACUAUAUGAAUAAAUAAAGUGUUUUUGAUCAAAAACAUAUUGGCUUUCGAGGAAUAUAAGAGGAAGAGGAUCUAAAAGCGUUAAUAGCUGCAGUGGCCCUUAAGCAGAACCUAAAGUGCAGAGGUUUAAGCGAAUGACGAACUGGUUAAACUCAAAACCCCAUUGCUGUAAACUUUAUAUCUUAAUUAGACACCAACAAUGAAUGAAAUAAACAGGAAACUGUUACAAGCUGUUGAGUACGGAAAAGUGGAAACUGUAAGGGAUUUAUUAAAUCAAUAUGGCAUCGGUGCAUCCGAAGCAAAUGGAUAUGUUCUUCUUCGUAAAUCUGUAAGUUCAGGUUCAAGGUGCCGAAAAAUAACUGAAUUGCUUUUAGUAAACGGUGCAAAGGCCAACAGCAAAAGAAACGAAACACAUCCUUCACAUACUCCACUACACUAUGCUGUUGGACGUGGUGAUAUAGAAACUGUUGAAUUGCUUCUAAAUUAUAAUGCUGACAUUAAUUUAGCAAAUGAAAGACGUGUGACUCCCCUAAUGUUAGCUAUCACCAUAGGCAACGAAAAAAUAAUUGAUAUUCUUUUUGAUAGAGGAGCAUACGUGAGUGCUUCCUGUAUUCAUCUGGCAGUACAAAACAGACAAAUUACUGAAAAACUAUUGCAACUCGGUGUUUCUGCAAAUUGUACUGAUUAUUCAAAUCAACAAUUUACUCCUCUUCUCAGUGCAGCACAAUAUGUUGAAAACUCCUCGGUUGUUGAACUGCUUUUAAAACAUGGAGCAAACGUGAAUGCUGUAUCAACAGAAGGACAAACUGCAUUGCACUUAGCAUCUAAACGUGGUCAUGUUGAAACAAUGAAAGUGCUGUUGAGAAGCAAUGCCGAUGUCAAUGCUCGUUGCAAAGAUAUGUUAACUCCACUUUACCUGGCUGUACACGCAUCUCAGACCGAAGCGGCUAAGUUAUUGAUGAAUUAUGGCGCCGACAUCAAUUUCGAAUUCAAAACCCAAGAAACUAUACUUAGCUUAGCUGUUUCAAAAGGAUUAUCCUUAAUAGUCAAAGAAGUUCUUAAAUACAGCCCAGAUAAAAAUAAUGCGAGCAACAAAAGUGUACUUGCAAUUGCAGCAAACAAAUUGGAAGAUAACUAUUUGGAAAUUGUUCAAGACCUUAUGAAAUACGGCUUUUCUGUUGAUCAGAAUGAUGUUGUAGAUUUAAUUCCAAGAGCCAUCAAAGCUUCAUAUAUUAACAUUUUACAACAUAUUUUUGAUCAUGGACUUCAUUUGUUAUGUUAUGAGGAUGCCAAUUGUAACUUCCUACACAUUGCUGUACAAUGUAAAAAUGUUGAGAUAGUAGAACUAUUUCUUACCCAUGGAUUUAAUGUUGAUGCAACAGACAAAUUGGGGAAACGCGCUUUAUAUUAUUCAGUUAAGAAUUCAGAUGUGGUUAUGACUAAAUUGCUGCUAUCGCACGGAGCUAGUGUUCAAAAAAGUCCGGAGCUGCUUAGGAUUGCUACCAAAAAUAUUUGUAAGGAUUUAGUUGAGAUUCUGCUUCAAAAUAAAGCUGAUAUUGACGCCAUUGAUGAGCACGGAAGGACAGCAUUGCACUUGAAUGCUUCACAGAAUCUAUUUUUGAGCUUAAUAGAGCUGAGCUACAGUGUUAAUAAUUUCGCAACGAAGGCCGAAAUAGCCAAAAUGCUCCUUAGCAUGGGUGCAAAUGUUGAUGCUAAGACGAAAGACAAAAACCUAACUGCACUUCAUAUUGCAUGUUCUCAAACCAACCCAGAUGUCGUUGAAGUACUUUUAGAAUACAAAGCAAAUGUUAAUUGUCUUGUCGGAGAUGUUUCACCAUUGAUGAUUGCUGCAAAGAGGGGUAAUGCUUCAAUUAUGAAAAUGCUCAUAGCAAAUGGGGCUUCCGUUAAUUUAAAGCGAAAUAAUGGCGAUUCAGUUCUCCAUAUUUUAGCAAGGACAAGUCAUACAGAUGCGUUGAAGGUAUUACUUGAAAACGAUGCUGACGUGUAUUUCACAAACUCUGAGGGUCAAACGCCACUUCACUAUGCUUCAUGUAAUCCCAAUGACGAAAUAGCUUCGCUUCUCUUGCAAAACAUGUCUCAUAGUGAUUUGAAGGACAACGAGGGUAGAACACCUCUUGUUUUGGCCGUUAAAUCAUGUCACUCCUCGAUUGUAAAACUACUGCUCGACUUUGGAUCCGAUAUUAAUGUUGUGCUUAACGAUAAUUACACACUAUUUGAAAUUUCGCAAAAUGUUAGAACCCCACAAAUGUAUAUUAGCGACGACGAAGACAAUGAUUAUUAUGUUGAUAGAUAUUGUUAUAAUACUAAAAACUUCGCAAUCAUCAAUGUUCUAAAAAAACACACAAUAAAGUUAAGAAUUGCGGGUUUAUAUGUUUCAAAAAGAAAUAUUAAUUUUCUGAGUUACAAUGAGGAAUUUGACGAUUUCUUUUUUGAUUGUGAAAGUGAAAUAAAUAAAAUAAAGCAAGAGAAAAUUGCAAAUAAUAAAAUAAGUUUGUACGAUAUUUUGACGAAAAAUAUCCAUUCAUUGGCAAACUAUGCAAGAAAUGCAGACGUAAUACAAUAUUUUAAUUCAGAAAACUAUAAAACAAAGUUCGUUAUAUAUACUCCUUUUAUUGAACGAAACUUCAAGAAUGGUUAUAGAAGGCGUUUAUUGCUUGAACAGGGACAUAUGUUUUUCAAAUGUUAUUUAAAGUUGCCAAUUGAUUGCUCUGAGCUCAUAUUGACGUAUUUAAGUGAUGCUGAUUUGGAAAAUAUAAUUAGGUAAUAUUGUAUCAAAGAUGCCUUAAUCAAUCAAGGAUUCACUUCCAUAAUACAUAGUCCUUUUGAAUUCAAUUUAAACUCAAGGAAAUAUUUUUGUAUGCAAUAAAUAAAACCAUUUAAUAUUUUUGUAUAAAUAUAGCUAUCACAAUUUUUUCACGCUAUGGUAUUUACAUAUUUUGCCCUUACAUAUGUCAAAAUAAAAUUUGUUGCGAAUCAUGUGAUAAAC